UUUCCAAGUUUCAGCCGACGAGGAAAUGGGUGAAUAAAGUAAACUUGUCCAGGUUUUCAACUCAAAACCUUUUUCAAAUUUCUGCUUGCGUGAUUAGCGCGCGAAAAGCAAAACCUAUUGAUGUCACAACCUUGUCAUAACCAUAAUUACAUAGACACUCUUACAUACUCUCAUGCAAACACGCCUCUCGGCGAAUCAGAGCGCGCCUACUAUCUUAGUUAUUUUAUAAUUGUUCUUAUUGAGUUAUUGGCUAAAGACCAUCUCUGCUUUUAUAGGAAGCUGUAUUUUAUGUCUUAUCUCCUAACGGAAUAUUAUCGUUUAUUUCAAGUCUUUUUGCGGUUCCUGUCGCUAUUCCCGUUCCUGUUUUGAAUUCCGGAUUUCCAUUUCCUAGUUUUCCAGACAUCCACUUUAAGUCAUCCUCGAUGAAAGGCGUGUGAUGAAAGUUUAGUUUUGCUUAGUAUAUUCUUCUGUCUGACAGAUAGAACAAGAAAAAGCUUGAAGCAGAUGAAAAGCGACAUCAGUGAGACGCUGAAGACUUUGGUCUCUCCGACCAAGGUGGAAGGUAAAUUUCCUCACACUGUAGCCCGCUGGAAACUAAGUAUCCGUCUAAAAUAACUGUUAAAAGCUAGUAUUGCUGAGCGAUCAGUGAUCAUUUGUCUUACAAGUGUCGCUCUCAAAAGAACAGUUUCGUAUCCAAGGAGGACCCAAAGUACUGUAUUCAUUCGCCUUCAGUUAAAAUUGUAACUCUCUCAGCGGGAUGAGGGAUGUCGUAUCUAGAACUAGAAACAAACCCCCUAGGCUGUUUAUAGUCUGCUUUUUUCCCGUACGAUCGUGACGUUGGAGCCAGCCAUACCAGUAGCUUGCGUGGCAAGCACAAAAAGGGGAGGGGAGAGGAAGACAAGCGCAUCCCUCCCUUUUUCCCUUCCUUCCCGUCACCUACCUCUUUCGAUGCCAGCUACUACGCAGGCUAGUGUAUCGAGGUGUCGCCCAACUUUUUUAAAACAAAUUUUCAGCAAGUGCUUUUAUUUUGCAGCAGUAGAUUUAUUUACAUCACGGUCCCUUGUGGGCCACCGUAUGUACUCGCCCUAUUUGAAAAAAUAGUCAAACACCCUAAACUAGAGUUCAUAAGCAGUAGUCCAUUUACCUUGCCUUUCGCAAAUUUCACUAAUCUGCUAAAAAGCUGCCGCUAAAUCAAAAAGAGAACCUUUGCCAUCCUUAUUGAAGACCCCCACCCACCCCACCCCCUCCACUAGUUUGGAAUGUUUUACACUUGCUUUCUAGUUGGUGCACACUGGCUUGGGGAGAUAAUUAAUAAAAGCUAAGUUUUUUUUUUUAGCAAAUCGUCUUUUCCAAGUAGGUUAUACGGGUAGCUCUAUUCAUUUAUUUUACGGACUUGGAAAGUAGUAAACCAAACUGUUUUGGACAAAUAUCUACAACAAAGUUUGUUUCUCAUUUAUUCUCACAGCAGUUGGUUUUGUUGCCGAGCAUAUUGAAAUCAUUCGUCAGAAGUACAAACGUCAUGAGGGAUGGCUCGCGCCCUUUCCUUGGUGCGAAGACUUUCAGUUUCAACUAAGCGAUAUUUAUACACGGCUUCGUAUGGUCAGCAGAGAGAAAAAAGUGAGAGCAACAGCGAAGCAAAGAGUUAUUGAAACGACUGAAAUCUUCACACCCCACGGAGAGAGCAAACAACCCACAAAAGUUUUGAUUGAAGGAAACCCAGGUAUUGGAAAGACGACAUACUGCAACAAGGUUGCUUACGACUGGGCUAUAAACAUAGAAAACGAAAAAGAUUGCUUUCCGAAAUUCGAGAUGGUGCUCUUGCUGAAAUGCCGUGAUGUUGAGAUCGAGUCCGACUUUUGGGGGGCCAUUGACGAUCAGCUUUUGCCAGGUGAAAUUCACCGUAACGAAAGAGAGAAAUUCUUCGAGUUCAUUCGGCAAAAUCAAUCAAAGGUUCUACUGAUACUUGACGGAUUGGACGAGCUACCUUCGAGCAAACUGCCGGAGUUUACCGACAUCAUACAAGGUAAAAUGCUUCCUCGAUGUAACCUUGUGGUUACAGCGCGACACGAGGCUGGGAUACCUAUGAGAAAGGUUUGUGACACUUUGCUAGAGAUUGAAGGUUUCACUUAUCAAGAUAGCGAAGAAUUUAUUCUCAAAUAUUUUGCCGGCAAGGAAGAUUUGGCCGAAAAGCUAUUGGAUGAAAUAGAGAAGGAGGAAAGGCUUCAAGAGAUGACAGCGAACCCAUUAAACACUGCACUGCUUUGCCUUCUUUGUGAAGACUUUCAAGGUAUUUUACCUGAAAGUAGAACUCAGUUGUACGUGGAAGUAGUACAAUGUGUUCUUAUCAGAUACAGGAAAAAGAAAGGUCUUUCAGUCGAAAAUGAUCAGGAUUUGAUUGAAGUCUACAAAGAUCAGUUGAAACGCCUUGGCUUGAUAGCUUUAAACGGCCUGUAUGAAGACAACAUGUACUUUGAAGACAAAAAGCUUUCAAAAAAAGAUGCCGACCUACCUGGAUUUGGGUUUCUGUCAGCUCAACCUGGAAGUUGCAAACGAAGACCGUGUAUGUACUACGGCUUUACGCAUAAGAGUUUUCAAGAAUUCUUUGCAGGACAUUAUCUUUGCUGCCAGCUUGUUAGCAAAGAAAUCAGUCCUGAAAAAUUGGUCACUGACACAAGAUAUUUCGGAGAGCUAAGAGAGGUAUUGAAAUUUACCUGCGGUCUGCUUGCAUUGAGGUCUAAAGAAAGCGCAGUAGCCCUUAUCAACUGCAUAGCGAAUGAGGUAAAUAAAGCUGAUCUGGAAGAAUGUUUACCUUUUGCACUUGACUGCAUUAAGGAAUGCAAAAUUGAAAACAGUUAUUUUCAUACAGAACUGGCACGUACAUUUGGCGUAUGUCUGGAAGUUCAACAGGCUCAGGUGUGGGAUCGUGGAGUUAAAGAUGACGCUGCUGCUGCUGUGCUUGCUGCCGUGCUUGAAGCAAACACAAGUCUGGCAAAUUUGGAUCUGUCUCACAAUAACAUUGGUCCUGCCGGUGCUGAGUCACUUGCUACAGCGCUUAAAACAAACACAACUCUGACAAAUUUGUUUCUGUCUCACAACAACAUUGGUCCUGCCGGUGCUGAGUCAGUUGCUACAGUGCUUAAAACAAACACAACUCUGACAAAUUUGGAUCUAUCUCACAAUAACCUUGGUCCUGCCGGUGCUGAGUCUUUUGCUACAGCGCUUAAAGCAAACACAACUCUGACAAAUUUGUUUUUGUCUUACAACAACAUUGGUCCUGCCGGUGCUGAGUCACUUGCUACAGCGCUAAAAACAAACACAACUCUGACAGAUUUGUCUCUGUUUCUCAACAACAUUGGUCCUGCCGGUGCUGAGUCACUUGCCACAGCGCUUAAAACAAACACAACUCUGACAAGUUUGGAUCUGUUUUGCAAUAACAUUGGUCCUGCCGGUGCUGAAUCACUUGCUACAGCGCUAAAAGCAAACACAACUCUGACGAAUUUGGUUUUGUAUGAUAAUGACCUUGGCCCUGCCGGGGCUGAAUCACUUUCUACAGCGCUUAAAACAAACACAACUAUGACAAAUUUGGAUCUCCGUGGCAAUAACAUUGGUCCUGCCGGUGCUGAGUCACUUGCUACAGCGCUAAAAACAAACACAACUCUGACAAAUUUGCAUUUGCGUGGCAAUAACAUUGGUCCUGCCGGUGCUGAGUCACUUGCUACAGCGCUUAAAACAAACACAUCUCUGACGAAUUUGUAUUUACGUGGCAAUAACAUUGGUCCUGCCGGUGCUCAGUCACUUGCUACAGCGCUAAAAACAAACACAACUCUGACGAAUUUGCAUUUGCGUGGCAAUAGCAUUGGUCCUGCCGGUGCUGAGUCACUUGCUAGAGCGCUAAAAACAAACACAACUCUGACAAAUUUGGAUUUGUCCAGCAAUAACCUUGGUUCUGCCGGUGCUGAGUCACUUGCUAAAGCGCUUGAAACAAAUACAACUCUGAAAGUAUCUUUUCGGCAAGGUGAUAUCAUUAUUAUAUCCGUUCACAAGAAAGUUGACGAUGCACAUGGUGAACGUAUC